AUGGAGAAGAAAAAUUUGAGUGGCGCGGCAAAGAGAAAAAGACAAAAAGAAUUAGUGGAAGCUUCAAAAGCAACUUUAUCGAAAAUGCCGAAAUUAACGACCUUUUUCGCCAACAAGAGUGCCGGUGCGUCUAAUACGAUAAGAGUAUCGCCUACAACAUCAGAAGCUGAUAAAACAAUUAUGAGUUCAAGUGCAACAUCGAGUGCCAGUACUGCCAGUGCUUUGAUAUUACAAGACAAUACAAAUGUAAGUACAGAAAGACUUGAUGUACAUGAAUAUAAAUCGGUCCUGAUCGGUUCUGUUGGUCCUGAUUCCAAACACGGUACGAUGAGUCUUGAAAGUUUAAUUCACGAGGAAUAUCCAAGUGAUAUAGCUUACUACCCAACAAUAAUUACAGCAGAUAUAAGGAGAUUCGUUCUCGACCACGGCUCUUGCAGACCGAGAGGCCCGUUUCCGAAAAAUGAAAAAAACCGUUGUUUUUCGAAUUCUUAUUAUACUACGGUGAACAAAUCCGGCCUUCAAAUGGAACGGUCGUGGCUCUGCUACUCUCCAAAGUUGGAUAUGGUCUACUGUGAAGCUUGUUGGUUGUUUUCGCAAGCACGUAAAAAAUCUGGAUGGAUACAUGGAAUAAAUGACUGGCAGAACCUAUCACAGAAAAUUAAAGACCACGAAGGAAAUUCAUCUCACACGGAAGCUUGUUACGCGAAAGAAAUUUGCUUGUCAAACCAAAAUCUGGAUCAAAAUUUACAAGACCAGAUCCGGAAAGAACAAAGCUUCUGGCGCAAAGUUUUGGAGCGAAUCAUAAAAAUAACUCUAAAAUUAGCUAAGAAUAUGGUGGCGUUUAGAGGACAUCGUGAAAACCUCAAGGCAACUUAUAUAGGUAAUUUCCUAUCUGACGUCAAAUUACUAGCAGAAUAUGAUGAUACCUUGCGUCAGGUACUUAGUUUGCCAGCUGGAUCAACAAAAUAUCUGAGUCCUCAAAUUCAGAACGAAGUAAUACAGUGUUUAGGUGAUCAUCUGAAACGAGAACUGCUCGCGGAAAUAAAGUCAGCUCCGUUUUUCUCCAUGAUUGCGGAUACGACUCAAGAUAUUUCGAAGAAAGAUCAGCUCAGCAUAGUUUUUCGUUUCGCGAGCAUAAGUAAGGACGAUACGAUCGAUAAGAAGCCGAGAAAAAUUGAGAUCAAAGAAACAUUUCUGGGAUUUAUUCAUUUAACAGGUCAAUCAGCUACUUAA